ACAUGACGCGUUCGAAGAAAUUACAAUAAGUUGCGUGAAAUAUAUAGAGAAAAGAAAAUUCGGACAAUAACAUAUAUUGUUUUUAAUUUUUAAAUUUCGAUGAAAGUGCUACUUUUGCGUAUUUUAAUUCGCUGUGAGUUUUAGUAUUUGUAACCUUGCUUGAUUAACCUAUACGAUUGGUAUUUUAUUCCUCUAUAUGAAAUGGCCAAAUGCAUAAACUUUUUUCUGCACGAAACGUCAUUAGAACUUUUUCAGCUAAGACGUUUGAGAUUUCUGCGCGCGUGCAGCCAAACAUUAAACGUAGCGCGAAAAUUUACGGAUGACAGAUCGGCUAUCAUCUUGGGAAUCGAAACUAGCUGCGACGAUACAGGAUGCGGAAUUGUAGAUACCACGGGAAAAAUAUUAGGCGAGGCGAUAAAUUCGCAACAUGUUACUCAUCUGAAACAUGGUGGCAUAAUACCUACAAUUGCCAGUGAAAUGCAUAGGCAACAUAUUACAACAGUUUGUGAAAAUGCCUUAAAAUCGGCAAAUCUAAGAUUAAGAAAUAUAGAUGCUAUUGCAACUACAACUAGACCAGGUCUUCCUUUAUCGCUUUCCAUUGGAAAUAAGUUUGGCAAAUAUCUCAGUAGAAUUGGUAACAAACCAUAUAUACCGAUACAUCAUAUGGAAGCUCAUGCAUUGACUGUACGGAUGGUGCAGAAAGUAGACUUUCCUUACCUUGUUUUACUUGUAUCAGGUGGCCAUAGUUUAUUAGCAAUCGUUGAAAAUGUUGAUAAAUUUUAUUUACUGGGUACCACGGUAGAUAAUGCGCCUGGUGAAAUUCUGGAUAAGAUUGCUCGUAGGCUUAAGCUUGCGAAUAUACCAGAAUUCUCGCAUAUAAGUGGUGGUCAAGCAAUAGAAAGUGCAGCGAGCAAAGCAUCAGAUCCAACUAAAUUUGUUUUUGAGCCAAUCUUGACGAGAAAGAGGGAUUGCCAAUUCAGUUUCGCAGGUAUAUCGAACACCUGUUUCAAAUACAUUGAUGAACAAGAAAAAAAAUUCAAUAUUUCUGAUAGUACAAUCUCUGACUUGUAUAAUCUCUGUGCUGCUCUGCAGCUGUCUCUUGCAAAGCACAUAUGUCUCAGAACACAGAGGGCGAUGGAAUUUAUUAAUAAUAUGAAUUUGAUAUCGCAAGAGAAACGAACUUUGGUAAUAUCUGGUGGAGUAGCUUGCAAUAAUUUCUUGGCAAAAACUUUAGAAACUGUUUGCUCGGAAAGAGGCUUCAAAUUCGUUAGAACUCCACCUCAUUUAUGCAAUGACAAUGGUAUAAUGAUAGCAUGGAACGGUGUGGAAAGGUGGCUGGUGAAUGCAGGCAUUUUCCGAAGUAGAGAGGAAAUCGAAAUGGUAACCAUUGAGAAAAACGCAUUAUUUGGUGAAAGUUGGAUCGAAAGAGUAAAAGAUGCAAAUAUAAAAUGUAAAUUGGUAAAAUUGAACAAGAAACUUUGAACACAAA